AUGAACCAGUCAUACGCUCAAUUACAAGAUUUACCUGAUGAACUUCUUAUAUUUAUUUUCAAACAAAUGCACAAUGUUGAAGUUCUUUAUUCUUUAUUUGGUGUCAAUGAACGGUUGAAUUCAAUUCUACUAGAUCCAAUUUUUACAAAUUGUUUGAAUUUCUUGAAAUGGUCUUCGAAGAACUUUCUCAAUAUAUAUUCCCUUGAUAUUAUAUUUGAUCGAUUCUGUUUACAAAUUUUACCUGCCGUUCAUGAGAAAAUCCAAUGGCUUGAUGUUGAAUCAUCUUCUAUGAAACGAAUUCUAUGUGCUGCUGAUUAUCCUAAUUUACAUGGACUCGGUCUAUUCAAUAUCGAAGAAGAAACAAUUAAAAGUCUUUUCAUUGAUAUAAAUCUUUCAUCUGGUCUUUUUCAAAAUCAAAUUACCAAACUCCUGAUUACAAUUGAUUCUGAUCAGUAUCAGAAACAUGAUUCAACAAUGGAAUACAUAUGCAAUCACAUUUUUAGUGUAUUUAAGAAGUUAACUCAUUUAAUAUUUUCGGAAUCAUCAUAUCAAAAUAUCGUUACGUUACCAUUUUAUCCACCGAUCAAUUUUUGUUCUCCAUCUCUUGUAUUAUUGAAUAUUAAGAUUGAUCUUUUUGUUACAUGUUUGUGUCUACUGGAUGGUCGUUUUAGUCAACUUCACACCCUCAUUGUUGAGUCAGCCAAUAUUUCAGCAUCGGGAAAAAUUGAAAAUCAACUUAUGAGAAUUAAAAAUGAAAUAAUUUUACCAUCGAAAGAAUAUAUUCAAAAACCGUUCAAAAACUUUCCACAUGCACAAAUAAUAUGUUAUAUGGAUCGUUUUCUAGACAGAGGGGAAUGCCAAUAUCACAUAUUUACAUAUCCGUCUCAAAUCUCAUAUUAUCAAUAUUUGUCAAAUCAAUUUCCGGGUGGAUAUUAUCCAUAUGUUCGCAUGGUAUCAUUAUUUGAUGAAUAUCCUUUUGAACAUGAAUUUUUUCUUCAAAUAACUCAAUCGUUUCCAUUUAUAGAAAAAUUAGUUUUAAUUAAUCGGGAACCACAGAAACACAAACAAUCUUCUAAAUCAGAGAAUGAUAAUUGUCACUUAUCAAUUGUUAAAUAUUCUCAUCUUAUUGAACUUAACAUUGAACGGGUUUAUGAUGAUUACGUUGAAGAAUUUCUCAGUGAAACAAAAACAUUUUUUCAAAAUAAUAUUCGUCUUCGUAUUGCUAGUAACGCUUUAUUAAGAGUAACAAAAAAUUUUACAAGGAAAGAUACUCGAAUGAAUUGUAUCAAAGUAGAAGAUUUAUUACCGUGGGGUGAAUUUAGAUCUUCGAAAUCUUUUCAAGAAUAUUUUCUUUCAAUAAAAGAAAGUGGCUAUAUUACUUCAUUUUUUAUAUAA